CGGUAAACACUUCCGACCGCAAGUUGUUUCCGUCUUGUUAAAAACAGUUUCUUCUUCAGUGGUCUGGUCUCAGCUAAACCAAAGAUUAUCUAUUUCAUAUAAAAAUAUAUAUAAAAAAAUGUCUUUGUCUGUGGAUGGAAACACGCCAAAUGAGGAGGCAGCGGAUCAGAGGGACACCAGUGAGCCCAGCCGGUUGGAGUCUUGUUUGGAUCAACCAAUGGGUUCGAGCAGCGUCCACGAAGACGUCAAAUACCUGCCCUCACCGCUACCAGCCGAACACUACGACGCCGACACCACCGAACCGAUCAGCUGUGGUCUUCAAACUUUGGAGGAGCUGUUGUCGUGGAAACGGAGCGAGGCCAACCCCUUUAACGUGGCAGCAGUCCCUCUAGCACCUCGGAAGCCUCCUCUGGCCAGUUGUCCACGUCGGACCUUGGUGUCUCAUGACAUGAUGGGCGGCUACCUAGAUGACCGGUUUGCCCAGGGGACCAAUGCAGAGGCUCCAUAUGCCUUCUACCACUGGCAGUACAUUGACAUCUUCAACUACUUCACACACAAAAUGGUGACAAUUCCUCCCGCUGUGUGGACCAAUGCUGCACAUAAACACGGCGUCGUUGUUCUGGGGACCUUUAUCACAGAGUGGACGGAUGGCGCCGCCGUGUGCGAGGCCUUCCUGAAAGACGAGGAGUCGUACCGGGCCGUGGCCGAUAAACUGGUCCAGAUCAGCUACUGUUACGGCUUCGACGGCUGGCUCAUUAACAUAGAGAACGCCCUCAGCAAGGUUGCGGUGGACAACACACCUUUGUUCCUGCGCUACCUCACAGACCAGAUGCACGAGCGAGUGUCCGGCAGCCUGGUCCUGUGGUACGACAGCGUGAUCGAGAGCGGACAGCUAACGUGGCAAAAUGAACUCAACGAGUCCAACAGGAUGUUUUUCGAUGCUUGCGAUGGCUUCUUCACCAACUACAACUGGACCGAGCAGAACCUGGAGUGGAUGCAGGACUACAGCGGGGUCCAGGGCCGCCAGGCCGACGUCUACGUCGGGGUGGACGUGUUCGCCCGAGGCAAGGUCGUGGGAGGAAUGCUGGAAACAAAUAAGGCGCUGGAAGUCAUUCGGAAGCACAACUUCUCGGCAGCCAUCUUUGCUCCAGGCUGGGUGUACGAGACCCACAGCGAUAAGACCCAAUUCCGGAAGAAUCAGGACAACUUCUGGGCUCUUCUGUCAGACUACCUGUACAUCCAUCGGCCAGCCUCUCCUCUCCCCUUCAUCUCCUCCUUCUGCCAGGGCUUUGGGAAGGCUAUCUACUGGAGAGGACAGCGUGAGGAGAACAGGAGCUGGUUCAACCUGACGGCCCAGGAGAUCCAGCCCUUGUACUACCAUACGGAGCUGGAGGGCGAGGGCUCGCUGGAGGGCCAGGGCCAGGGCUGGCUGAGCAGCCGCGGCUGGCUGAGCAGCCGCGGCUGCCCCGAAGACGCCUGGAACGGCGGCUGCUCGCUGCUGCUGGACGGACUCAUCCCCGCCACUCACACGUCUCCAGUUAGUGCCAGGAUCUUCUCCCUCCAUGUACCCCUGGUGUCCAAGACUCUGGUGACCCUCAUCUACAAGCCGUCGGCUGGGAUCCAAGUUUCCCUGGAGCUGAAGACAACCGACGCCAGCCUCUGCACACACACCGUCCAGGACGUCAAACUUGUGUCUCCCGUGGUACUGGAUGACCGGCUCCAGAUGUUGAGCCUGUUCACUCAGCUGUGUGGCAACCUGAGUCCAGAUGGCUGGACUGUCGGGUGUUCCCAGCUGGAGCUUCAAGGCUGUGAUCUGAGAGAAGUUUGUCUCAACAUCCAGCGGAAUGGACAGCCUCAGGACACAGCUUUCAGCUGCCGGGUGGGAGAAAUCAUGCUCUUGGAUGUAGCCAGUCUGCAGGUCCCCCCCGAGCUGGUUCAGGGCUUGUGCAUCUACGACGUGGUGUGGCUGCGUGCCGCCGGGAACUCGCCGGAGUCCACCUCCCUCCGCCUGCACCUAAACGCCACCCUCCGCUGGGACUACCCCACCCAGCUCGUGCGCCACUUCCGGGUGUACUGGCGACGGCUCAGAGGACCCGACCCCCGAAUCCCCCCGGGUCAGCUGGUUCUGGUGGGCCGGGCGUAUUCGAAUAUUUUCAGAGUAACGGAGCUGGUGGUGCCGGAAGCACCCAGCGUGCUGGAGCUGGUGGUGGAGCCGGUGAUCAGGAAGGGCUUCCCGGUCCCAGAGAGCCACUGGGGAAGAAGAAGCCUCAGCUACACAGAGGACUCGACAUAACCGUGAUCAGGCCGCUUCUCCUUGACUCUUCAGUGAAUGCUACUGCCAUUAUGACCAGGUGACCCUAUUUCUGGCAGCCACAUUCUAUUUUUAUGAUGAAUCAUGCACAUGUUAAAGUGUAACUCUCGCCGAAAUGCAACCUAGGGUCUUUUUGUGA